AUUUGAAGGCAUUUGACAUUUUGAGAUUUAUUACUAAAGGAUUCGACAACGUGAUUUGUGAAUUCUUUUUGGACAAUGUUAGACAUUUAUUCAAUCAUCCUUUGUUUUACUUAAAUAAAUAUAUAAUAACAAAUACCUCAUACAGAUUUCUACACAUCGAGAGGAGAACUGAUUCCCGUUUUACAUAAGCUAUUCAACGAUUCUAAAAACAAUUAAACAACCAAUUGAUGUCUGAAAAUCUAUUAGGAAGGUAGUUCAACAAGUAAGCGCAAAUACAAAUUUCGAACUAGAACAUUUAUGAGAGUGAUUAAUAUUUUUUUAAUACAAUAUCAAAUAACUGCUCGUAAACAGUGUUUCAAUUUAGAACAUGAAUUAGAUUAUUGUUCUAGAAAGCAUAAAGUUCAUAUACCAACAAGUCAAUUAUCUGGUUACAGUUUUGGUUAUGGUUCAUUAAAUGAUACAGAAUAUAUGUGCCGUACUCGAUGGCACAUAUUGGUAUUUCACUGUAUGAGGAAAAGAGCAGAGGAAUCGUGUAAUCAUUCCGACGAAGAGAAAUUUCGACAAAUUAUAUGGUCCAUUUCUCUAGAUACAAGAAAAUUUGAGAAAGCUGCUGCAUAUAUAUGUCAUGAACAUAAUUUGAGAAUUUUACGUGAACAUCAGUAUAGAUGUUUAAAACAACAAGAGAAAUUAGCUGAACAAUGUGCAGUUCAUAGAAAUGAAACAAUUAAAGAAGUUGUCCUAGCAUUACAUAAUCAAUCUAGUCGAUUAUUAUCUAGUCCUAAUGAAUAUUAUUCUAUCAUUAAACACACAUUAACAUCAUAUGAAUGCAAAUCUCUACGAACAAAAUUAGAUUGUUUAUAUAAUAUAUUACAUAAUGCAUGUCCAUCCAAUGCAGUACGAUUAAUAAUGAAUUAUUUUAAAGAGACAUUACCGGAUGGUUGUACAUUUAAUUAUGAAACAAGAUUAUCAAAACAUUUAGAAUCAUUACAAAUGACAAAUUUAAUUAAUAAUGAUGAAAAUAUAGAUGAAAUGAAUAUGAGAAAACAAACUGUUAUAAAUCAUUUGAAUCAGAUUAAAGCAAGUCCAAUUAAAUCUGUAAAAAAUUAUGCUUAUUUAUUAAAUUAUAAUUAUUUAACUAUAACAUUUAUUAUCUAUACAUUAAUAUGUAUUAACCAUUGAACAUCUCUUCUUUGUUAGCUUCUUUUUUUAAAUUAAUUAACUGAUUUGUUUAUAUUAUAUCCGUAUAAUAUCAAUGAUGAAUGAAAUGGUCAUCUAUUAAAGAGUAUACUUUCUGUAAAUAACCAUUUGAAUCUAUACUGAUCAACAUAUAAGACAAGAGUUCAAAAGUAUCAAUGAAUUUGUUCCAUAUUGUAUGUAUAACAAAAAAUGAAUCUUCUAUACCUUUAUCUAUCAGAUUAAAUUGUAUUCAUUAAGAUUGAUGUAAAUAUAGUUUUUAUUUUUCUUUCUUUUUUUUUGUUGAACCAAAAGUACUUUCAAUCUAGCAGAUUACACGAAUUAAAUACAUAUUAAAUACAUUUUUUUCUCUGUUUUUUUUGUUUUUGACAUUGGAAUGAUACCAUUAUUGAUUAGAUAUAGUCCUCUAGAUACCCAGAAUAAGAUUAUUUAUCGAAAUCAAUAAAAUAUACUAAAGUUAAUGAAUGAGGGAUUUUAAAAUGAUUAUUUAUAAUUAUCAUUUAAAGUAAGCAUAUAUAUGAACAAAUACCAUAAUUUUAAUAUUUUUACAACCGAAGUCAAUAUUGUGAAUUGUCUCAAUAGGCAUUUCUUCUACGAACGAAAUAUAUAUAGGUAGACUAAUGAAAUGUAUUUGAAAUUCAAUGUAACAUUGAGAACGAAGCUUUUCGAAUAACAAAUGAAAGUUGAUGAAGACGUUAACAAGAAAAUGUAUCAAUAGUUUAAAUCAUGAGUCAGAUGAAGCUAGA